ACUCUUUCUCUCUCCUUCCCUUCUCCUCCUCCUCCUGCUCUGUCGUUCCAAGGCCAGCCUCUCUUCCCUCUGUGGUUACUGCUCUGUCUGGGGCAAUUGGGUAGACUACACAACUCCACUCUGCAACGCCUUCCACUUCUGCACUCCUUUCUCCCUUUCUUCCUCCGCUCUCUAUCCCACUCGAUUCCUCCGUCUCUCUCUCUAUCCCCUCUUUCUUUGUUUGCUCUUCGCUUUCUCUCCGGGCCUUUUCCAUUCUGUCUCUCUUCCUGUGACAAGAGAGGUGGAGGAGCGAGUGAGUGAAGGGAAAGAGAGAGAGAGAAAGAGAGAGAGAGAGAAAGAGAAAGAGAGAGAGAGAGAAAGAGAAAAGAACCAGGAAAGAGAGAGAGAAGAAGAGAAAGAGGUUGUAGGGGAGGAAAGAGAGGAUUUGGUUUCGCGGCAACAAUGGAAACCCGAUCGGGACCUGGGGAGCUGGCCGCACAGGAAGAGCCUGCCAAAGAGGACCUGAGUGAGAGCAAGCAGAUCGAGCGCUUCGACAUCCCGCUGAAUAGCCUGAAGAGGAUGUUUGAGAAGCCGGCGGUGGCUGCGGCAGAUGGAGAACACGGCAGCGCGGAAGUAAAAGGCACACACAGCUCCAGACGAGCGACGGCAGCUCAUUCCCACUCUCCUUUACGGGACCCGAAGAACGAGGGAUCAAACAGCGACGGGAUGUCCACCAAUCAGGAGCUCAACUCCUCUGCAGGCAGCACUGUUGACACCAGGGACUCAGAGGACGUUGUCCAGAGGAACGGAGACCCAGAAACAGAAGGCGUCUCAGUGAAGGAGAGACUCGCCAUGUAUCAGGCAGCCGUGUCCAAGAAGGAGACAAGCACCUCCUCAGCUGGGGUGCUGGAGGAGUCUGAGGCCUGCUCUCUGCCCGGUGGGCUGGCCAGUGUGAAGAAGCAGUUUGAGACCCAGGAGAUGUCAUCCUCCUCUUCCUCACACAGCACCACCACUCAUGUCCACUCCCAGCACAGAGUGCAGGAGAUGUCCAGCUCAUCUGAAAUGACUGUUAGAAAUGUCCCUUCGACACAGAGAGUUGCCUUCAGUCAGAAUGAACAGGUUAGCCAUGAGCAAAGCUUUCACCAGAACCACGUGGCCGCGGGCUAUGAGAACCACUUCGAUGAGACAGUGAGGGUGAUCGGUGGUGAAGACCUGCCCAAAGUGUCCACUCAGGCCUUGAAGCAGCAAUAUGAGAAAUCGAUCGAGGAGUCCUCACCAAGCAAACAAGUGAAGAUUGAUGUUGAUUACAACCAGUUUCAGUGGGCUCCAGUGAACGUCUCCUCCAAGGUCAUUCAAGAUGGCCACUAUGAAACAGUCGCUGUAACUAGAACAGUGGAGGCAGCAUCUUCCUCCUCCACCUCAGCCUCUGCCUCCACCAAAACCACCAUGGAGCAGCAGAACUUCCCUCCUCCUCCUCCCACGGAGUACCUCCAGGCGCCGUACGAGGUCCCGGAGCGUUGUCCCUCCCCCCAGCCCCAAGAGUAUGUCUGUCCCCACCAGCUGGCUAGGGACUACUACACCAAGCAGAAGAACAUGGCUGAGCUCAAACGCCUCUACAAGCACAUCCACCCAGAGGUGCGCAAGAACCUAGAGAGGGACCUCUUCAGUCAAGAGAUGGCCUACCAGGAGGAGAUGUCUGGGGAUAUCCAGCAGGCUCGCUCUGUGUUCGAACAGAACAGUGGCGGCAGCCCCAGCAAGUGCAUGAGCCCGGAAAGGGAGUAUUUGGAGUGGGAUGAGAUCCUGAAGGGAGAGGUGCAGUCCAUGCGCUGGAUGUUUGAGAACAAGCCCCUAGACUCCAUCAAGGACGAGACACCUAACGAGGACGACGAUAAGAACAUUGCCCAGCAAGAGAUCAUCGCAGGAAAUGAUGUCAAGUACACGGCGUGGAUGUUUGAGACGCAGCCCAUCGAUGCUCUCGGGACAGAUACUCCUGACCCCACUGAACUGACAGGAAAAAUGAAAGAGCUUGCAAGAGGUGAUGUCAGAACGGCCACUUGGCUAUUCGAGACUCAGUCACUGGAUACCCUGAACAAGAUCUACCAGGAGGACAACCAAGGCACCGAGGUCGUUUACACCAAGGACAUCGCUGGAGGAGAUGUGAAAACUGCCCGUUACCUGUUUGAAACUCAGCACCUGGAUUCUCUGAGUCACACAGAGACAAUUGAUGAGUGCCACUUCCUCAGCCUGAAAUCAGAGCUUGAGGAGAUCAAGGGAGAAGUGAAGAUGACCACGAGAAUGUUUGAAACUCACCCCAUGUGUGUCAUACGCGGAGACUCGGGAGAGAUCCUGGAGAUCACCACUGUGAGACGAGAGGAGACUGAGAAAGGAGACGUGAAGACGUCACGCUGGCUCUUUGAAACCCAGCCCUUGGACAUGAUCAACAAAGACCCGUCCCAAGUCAAACUGAUCUGUGGUGUCUCAAUGGAGGACGAUUACCAAGGUGGCGUGAACAAGGGUCGCUGGCUCUUUGAGACAAAAACCUUGGACACCAUCAAAGAUGAGGAAUGGGAAAGCUCCAAACUGCACAGGGAGGAGAUCAUUGGGGCUGACGUCCGCAAGCACUGCAUGGUCUUUGAGACCCAGCCUAUGGCCUCUCUCAAAGAUAAUACCAAUGCAAGACCAACAGAGGUGGAAGACAUCAUAGGAGGUGAUGUGUCUUCCGCCAGACACCUGUUUGAAACUGGUCCAAUGGAGAAUCUGAAAGAACUCGCUGAGGUGGGGAAACUGCAGAAGAGAGUCAUGACAGAGGAGGAGAAGGGAGACGUCAGGCACCAGAAAUGGAGGUUCGAGACCAGGCCACUGGAGCAGAUAAGGGAGGAGAAGAAGGAACUUACACGCACUGUGAACCUGGAGGCACUUGACAAAGGUGAUGUCACAAACUACAAGGAGAUCUUUGAAACCAUGGACCUCAGCAAAUGUGAGACACAGAAGAUACAGGUGGAAGGGGUCACAAGUGGAUCCGUGAGGUCAAACAAGCAUCUGUUUGAGUCCAAUCCUAUGUACGCGAUGCAGGACAGCUCUGGUCACUACCAUGAGGUCAAGACAAUCAGAAGGGAGGAAGUGGUCAAAGGCGACGUCCGUAGUUGCAAAUGGAUGUUUGAGACACGCCCAAUUGAUCAGUUUGAUGAAAGCGUUGAUAAAUUCCAAAUCAUCAAAGGUAUAUCCAAACAGGAGAUUGAAUCGGGUGAUGUGAAAACAGCCAAGUGGCUUUUCGAAACACAGCCCCUUGAUGGCAUCAAAUUCUUCAGCAAUACUGAGGAAGAGGAGACUAGGACAAAAGAGGGUGUCCAUAUUGAACAGGGUGAUGUGAAGACCUGCAGGUGGUUGUUUGAGACGCAGCCUAUGGAUGCUUUGUAUGAGAAAGCAGAGGUCAAGAGUGAGACGACUGAUUCAACUGAAGUCCAAAAAGGCGAUGUAAAGACCUGCACUUGGCUGUUUGAAACACAGGCCCUGGACGCCAUACGGGACGAAUCAGAGACAGUCAUUAAAACUUCCACAGUUCAGCAGGACGAUGUUCAAGGUAAAGAUGUGCGCCUUGCUCGCUUCUUGUUUGAGACCGAGAAUCUGGAGAACAUAACUGGAGGUGAUGAGAGUGCUUUCAAGAGGGUAACAGAGAUUGACAUCCAAUCUGGAGAUGUGUCCAGAAUGAAGUACGACUUUGAGAACCGGUCCUCAGAUAUCAUGACCUCGACCUCAAAGGAAACGAUGAUGAAGAUGAAGUCUCACCAGGCUGAGGACAUACUAAAAGGAAAUGUGGUGAAUUGCACCUGGCUGUUUGAAAACCAGUCCAUUGAUGCCAUCCGAGAUACUUCAGAGGAAUCGAAAGAGAUUCGCACAGUUACAGACGUGCAAGGUGGAAACGUGGACAAAGGACGUUUCGUUUUUGAAACCUACUCCCUGGAUAAAAUCCAAGAUGAAUCUUCCGAGUUAGAGAUCAAGAAGCUUCAGUCCACCAUUAGAGAGGAGAUUGAAAAGGGAGAUGUUAAGAACUACACCAUGAUGUUUGAGACUCAGCCACUCUAUGCCAUCAAAGACAAAGAGGGUCUCUACCAUGAAGUAACCACAGUUACCAAAGAAGAAAUUCAGAGGGGAGAUGUCGUUGGGGCUAGGUGGCUAUUCGAGACAAAGCCUCUCGAUUCCAUCCGAGACACAGAUGAGGUGUACGUCAUCAAGGCAGUGACUGAGGAGGACGUUCAGAAAGGAGACGUCCGAUCAAACAGGUGGAAGUUUGAAACUCAGCCACUGGAUGAAAUUGCAGAGGACAUGAAAGUACGUUUGAAAACUGUGGAGGACAUCCAGGGAGGAGAUGUCAAAACAAACAAACAGCGCUUUGAGGAGGACCAGUCUGAAAAGUACGUUAGGACUGUUAGCGUGAGUGAGAUCCAAAAGGGGGAUGUAAGAUCUUCCACCUGGCUCUUUGAGACACGCACAAUUGACGAGAUCCAUGGUGAGGGCUCUGAGUAUGAAGACAUGGAGAAAGUAACAAAGGAGGAGGUGGUUAAAGGAGAUGUGAAACAGUCUGUGUGGCUGUUUGAGAAAGAGCCUCUGGAUCGCAUCAAGGAGACGGAUGGAACAGAAACCGUCAUCACCCGGGAGGUGAUCCCACAGGCAGAUGUGAAAUCAACAACAUGGCUCUUUGAAUCAACAGCACUCAAUGGAUUCAAUGAGAGCAGUGUAGAGAGGACAGAGGUCGUUGGAAAGAGCAUUAAAGGGACUCUGGAGGAACUGUACAGCCGGAAAAUGGUUGAGUCACAAGGAAUCCUAAUUGAGACUGAUGAGAUUGGAGAUGUGAGAAUGGCCAAAUACAAUCUCAUGAACCAGGAAACACCUGAGAUCCAGAAGGAGGAGGUGAUUAGGGGCGAUCUAAACAACAUCAUGGUGAAUCUGCUGAACAGAUGUGAGAGGACAGAGAAAGCCAUCACAGUUGACAAUGAAGAGAGAGGAAACAUCAACACCACAGUGAAACAACUCUUUAAUCAGGAGAGGGGUAUCAAUGUCGAGAAGGAGGAGAUCAUCCGAGGAGACAUCCAAGACGCCAUCAACAACUUGCUAAAAGAGGAGGGAGCCAACAGACGUGGUAUCCUAAUCCAGGAGGACGAGAAAGGUGACGUGAAGAUGACCAUUUACUCACUCCUGAACCAGGAGACAGAAGAGGGCUUUGACAAAGAGGACAUAGUCAAAGGGAACGUGAGGGGAACCUUGCACAGACUCCUCUCAAAUCCAGAUGGGUCAGAGCAGAGUAAGAUUAGAGUAGGGGACGCGGAGAGGGGCAAUGUCAGCUUCUACUCCACCUGCAUAGAGUCUGGGGCGCUAGACUACCUCCGUCAGCUCAAGACCGAGUCAGACGAAACUGUGGAAGAGAAAGAAAAAGAAAGAAUACUUGGAGGCGAUGUUGAGAACACUAAAAUACUUCUGAGGAAACAUCAGAAGGAAAUUGGGCGCACUGUGACAGAGGAGGACAUACUCCGUGGAGACGUGCACAGCACAGUGCAGGUGUUCAUGACGAAGCCAGAGGGCCUACAAAACCUGCAGAAGGAGGAGAUCGUCAAAGGAGACCUGAGGGCGACACUCGACUCUCUGACACAGGCCGUGAAUCAAAGGGUGGUGGUGGAGAAAGAGGAGGUUGUGAAAGGAAAUAUCAACACCACACUCAGGUCACUCGUGGAAGCCCAAAGCCAAGCCAAAGAGAUGGAGAAGCCAGAGAUUGUGAGGGGUGACAUCAGAGGGGCCUUGGUGUCCUUGGAGAAGUCAGCAAACACCAGGACUGAAAUUGUCAUCGAGGAUUUGGUGCCUGGUGACAUCAAGGGCACCCUCAAAUCUCUAGAGGAGGCCCGACAGGCCAUGAAGGAGGUGGAAAAGGAGGAGAUAGUCAAAGGCGACAUCCAAACAGCCUUGAUCAAUCUGCAGGAAGCUUCCUCUGAGAAAAAGGUCUUCCAGAAUCAGGUUAGCGAGUAUGGAGAUGUGAAAGGCACCAUUCAGUUGUUGCUUGAGCCUGCUGCCUCCCCUCGAAUGCAGCGCCGUGCAAGCACUGAGGGAGACAUCAAGACCUCGAUAAAAUCACUGUAUGAGCAGGACGAAACACAGGUUGAGAAAGAGGAAGUGAUCAAGGGCAAUGUGCAGGGUGCUAUACAUUGCCUACUGCAGAGAAAGGAAGAGAUGAGCCACAAGGGCAACAACGUCAGGAGGGUGAACGCUAAACAUCUUCUCCAUGAGUGCCCUGAGUGCUUGGCUGCUGCAAUGGCACAGAGCAGAGCUUCCGGCCAGACGGCAAACCAGACAGAGACCACAGCACACCACACAGAGACCACAGAGUCACACAGCAGUACCCAGGACUUUACUCAGCUUCACUCAGAGCAGAAUAGUCAGGCUACAAGCCAGGUAAGCCAGUCAACAGUAACACAAACCACUGCUGUCCAAAUGGCAGCAGAGGCCUCUCAGUCCUCACAGCAGUCUCAGUCUCAGCAGGUGAGCAAGAAACAGCAACAACAAAUGAAAGUGAAACAACAGCAAAACAUCAAGCAGCAACAAAACAUCAAGCAGCAACAAAAUGUCAAGCAGCAACAGCAGCAGCAACUAGCGCUGCCAGUUUCUGGCACUGUUGUGACAAAGGAGACAUCACAGGUGAAUGUGACCACAAAGCAGACUCAGGAAAUAAAGUCAAUUAAACAGGUCCAUACUUCUGUGACGACAGAACAGAAGACUGUGAGUCAAAAGCAAACUGUCAAGAACCUGAAGACGGGCUACAGCAGCGCCAAGGGUUUGAUCAAGAAGAACAAAGAGCAGCCACAAAUGAAUCUCCCACCUCCACCUCCUCCAUCAGAGUCGGAGCUCUCCCUUCCACCUCCUCCCUCUCCCAUCACAGACAGUGAUGUCCAGCCACCCCUCACUCGUCCUCUAGUGACGAGGCAGGACAGUGACCUACCUCCCCCUCCCCCUCCUCCACCCCAAACGGCAGAAGCAGAGGCAGAGUUCUUCCCCCCACCUCCUCCUCCACCCCCCCAAGACUUCCUGCCCCCACCCCCAUCCAUGCUAGAGCUGAGUGCUGCAUCCCAGACUCCCGUUAAACCGAAAGCUCGUCCUCUCUUCAAAGUGCCCAAGCCAGAGCCCCCAAAGCAAGCUGAACCACCAAAGUUUAAGUGGCAAAAGAAGCAACCCCUGUCGUCUCAACCUCCUCCUCCUCCUCCACCACCCCCUCCCCCUGCACCUGUGGUUGAAAAACAGGAUAAUGCUGCCACAUCCAUCAAUGUCAAAGAGGAGAGCAGCAAACAUGUAGAGCAGGUAAAGCAGAAUAUUCUCGAACCCCCCGUCCCACCUGUUUCUAAAAUUCCUUCCGGAAUCCCAGUGGCCAAGCCAGUGCAGGAUGAGUCUCCACGGCCACCAAAGAGAGUAUUUGUUCCUCCCAUAAAACUCCCGCCACCACCUGAACCCACCCAGGUGCCAAAGCCCAGGACGUAUGCCAGGAAGUUUAAAACUCCUCUCAUGCUGGCAGAGGAAAGGUAUCGUAAGCAGAGGGAGGAAGCAGAGCUGAACAAAGUCACCACUCCAACAACACCUCCAAUUCAAAUGCAACAGCAGGCACCGAGUGGAGAAGCCCCAGCCACUCAAAAAGCAGAGCAGCCCCACCCAACACCACCCAAAGAGCCUGAGGUUGUAGCCAAACCAGCACCAGUUUCACAAGAGCAACCUACAAAGAAAAUACCCACUCAAAUCCCCAUGGUCAAACCUGCAAUAAAUAAAAAACUUGCCCAAGAUUCAACUAAUAUUUCCUCCAUUGCCUCUAAAAAGCAUCAGACUGCUUCCUCUGGGAUGACCCAAGCUGCCCAGUCUGUGUCAGCUGAUGUUCAGGCUUCCUCUUCCAUGGUUUCAUCCAGUGUGUCAGAGCAGCACCAGACUGAUGUGAAGACCAGCUCCGAGACCUCCUUCUCCAAACAGGAGGCCAUCCAGCAGGUUUCAAGCUCUGCAACACAGGAGGUCAAGAAGGCACCCUCUCAACCCAUGAAGAUACCCAAAGUGACUCCAAACUUCAAGGUUAAAACUAUCAAGCCACCCAAAGUUGAGGCAGAGGGCAAACAAACGGAAAAGGCAGCACAGAAAGAACAUGUGGUGGGCAUGGAUGCCACUGCACAGAUGAGCGAAAGCAGCAUGCAGAGCAUCUCUCAGAUGAGUGCGACUCAGCAAAGUUCAGAGAGCUCCUCAAGCAGCACCCAGAAGACGGAGGUCAUUGUGGAACAGGUUGGAAUGGGUGCAACUUCGACCGAUAACAAGAUGGAAAUCCAGAUGAAAAAAUCCAAACACAAGUCAAAGAAAGAGAAGGAGGUGAAGCAGGCUGUGCCCAUCAAAGUCUCCCCUGUACCCCCAAUGACUGUUGAGGUUCCUCAAGGGCAAGGCCACGUGGCGAUAAUUCAGUCCCACCAGGAAGUCAAGGAGAAGCAUGUUCAGAUCCGACAGGAAGUUGUGGUGACGGAGAGCCAGGUGCAGCAGCAGAGCAUCCAGCAGAAAACUCAGAUAAAGAAACAAGUCAAGUCCUCUCAACAGCAACAGAUGGAAAUGUCCAAACAGGAAGUGAGUCACGUAGGCUCACAAGAGAUGAAGCAGGCAGAGUCGGUGGCUGAGGUCACUGAGAGUCAGAGGUAUGAGGAAGUGCAGAAACUGUUGGGUCAGAUCAAGGAAAUGCAGGGUGCUCAUGGGAAACUGGAUGUCAACUCUGUGAAGGCAAUGUUGAGUUCACUUCCUGAUUGGUUUAUUGGAGCAGAAGAAAAGACAAGGAUGGUUACUUCUCAGUACAGCAAGCAGAAGCUAAAGGAAGUCAUUGUGCAUGUCAGAAAUAUUGCUCAGGCAAAGCUGAUUUUCCUGGAGGGAAAUAUGCAUGCACCUAGCAAGCCAGAGAGUGAGCCUGUGCAAGAGAAAGUAAUCGUCGGUGGUGCAACUCCAAAGAUCUCCAAGAUCAGCAUUGGCUCUGCCAAACUGGAGACCCAGAAGAAAGUGAAGGAAGAGAGACAGAGCACCCAGGAAAUCAAGGAGCAGGAUCUGUCCAAAGCAGGGACCCCCGAGCCCAAAGCACCCUCUGACACAAUGAGAAUGAGAACACCAUCACCCACCUUCAUCAGCAUAGAGUCAUCUAGGAGGACAGACUCUCCUUUCAUGGUCAGCCCCUCUCCACCACCCUCGUAUAGGCCUGGCGCAACACCUACACCCCCUCCUCGCUGGGCGGAGACCCCCACAAAGCUGUACCGGGCUACACCUUCACCCACAAUGAGCCGAUCUGAGAAGCUGGCCAAGCUGAAAGAGAACACCCCCAAGCUUGCACAGACCCCUCCGCCAAUGCCAGUGCCAGAGCACAUGAUGACGAUGUAUGAAACUGAGAUGGAGGAGUCAUCAUCUACCAGCCACCAGGAGUUCACCAUGGAGACACACACAAUCGAGUCAGUCGAUGUCUCGGAGUUGGCCGACUCCAUGUUGUCGGUGAAAGACAAGAGGGUGUUUUUUGAAGAGGCUCAGAAAGCAGAGGUGAACAAGAUGUACAUCCGCAAGGAUCCAAUCGAUAUCCCUGAGAGACUAGGAGCCGAUGCUGAGGACGAGAGUGCGGAGAUUCAGGAGCUUCAGAUGAAGGACGAUCUCCCUAGAGUCGAUCUCUCCAAACUGGUCAACAAGUUUGAGGCCCCGCAACCCAAAACGUAUGUCAGGAAAGAUCCGAUUGUCAUAUCCGAAAGACUGGGCAGCGACACAGAGGAAGGAGAUGUUGUGAUUGAGUGCAAACCCGCCCAAGCUGAGGAGAUGACACCAUCGUUUGACAUCAAGGCCAUCAAGAAUGUUUUUGAGCACGGCGAACCGAGCUUCCACCACAUGACUGAGGAGAAGAAAGAAAAGGAUGCUACGGGUUUCUCCGAGUCAGAAUCCCUCUCAGAACACUACUCUACUGUCGAUGAGUUUGGGAACACGGUGACGGGGUCUAGAACCGAGACAACCAUGCACUCCGAGAGCGUUCAGUCAGGAACCCUACCCAAACCGCCCAGCUACGCAGACGUGCUGAAAGGGAGCACGCCCGUCUUGAACGUGCCAUCUGAGGGCUCAGCCGAGGAGCUCCUGAAGAGCUUCCAGCAGUCGUGGGCCGAGAGCGAAACUAUGUUCAGAAACCUGGGAUUCAGCGCAACCGAGGAGCAUAGGUCUCAGACGACAUCUCAUCAGAGGGAGACCGUUGUGACCGAAAACUCGAGUGCCCGAGUCCGAACUGUGUCGGGUAUGUCGGAAGAGGGUGUAUCCCAUGGAGGCGCUGAUGGCAGACAAACAAAACUUCCAUAAAACCUGCUUCCGCUGCACCCACUGCAGCAGCCAAUUAAGCCUUGGCACAUAUGCCUCUCUCCAUGGGCGCAUGUACUGCAAGCCACACUACAAGCAGCUCUUCAAAGCUAAAGGAAAUUAUGAUGAAGGUUUUGGGGAAAGGCCCCACAAGGAGCUGUGGACCAACAAAAGUCCGCAGAAUUCGCCAGAAAAGAUGAAACCCAAAAUCCGAAGCCCCUCCCCAGACAAAUCUGACACCAAACGCUCAGCCCUGCCUAGCACAAUAGAG